CUUUUUUAAGAAAAAACAAUAUCAUAACUUAUAUUAUUUUAAUUAUGCAAUUUAAAGACUCGUCUAAUUUACUGAUUUUCCAAGCAUUAGGGUCUUUCGUACACGAUGGUCAAGGGAGGCAUCGACGUUGGAGAUUGGAGAAACGGCUUUAACCAAGCAAGAGUUGGCGCAGGUUACUUUCUUAGCCAACAAGGACGCCUGAAAUUUACCCCAGAAGGCUAUAUAGGAUUUCGGGCAUUGAGGCGUCAGGACUCUACUAAGUUACUGCAAGAGUGGGAUCGUUGGAUUCGAGAUCUCCGAUGUAGUCCCUUUGAACACGUUAAAAAGGCCGCUAAUCUUGCUUCGGCUAUGUGUAUUAAGCAUUUGGAUGACUACUACCGAGAUCGAGUGAUUUCUGAAAGCGAGAUAAUUUCUCUUGAGAAUGCUUCUGAGAAAUUGGCGGAUUCUGAACAAGAGUUAAUAUUGCUUUCGCGAGAGCGUAGAGAAAAAAGGAAUUCGCAGGAGGUCGAUAGUAUUCAGUAUUCUACCAUUAAAGCAGGGUAUCUAGGAAACACAACUGGGGAGACUUCAUCUCUCCUAUCGGAAGAUGACGUGGCACAAAGAACGUCACCAGUUCGUGAAGUCGAAGAGGAUAAAGUCAAUCGGAAAUACACUCCACCACCUCAAGUUCCUCAUGUCAUGGCCGAUGUCAAGUUUGAAGGUUCUGAAUUUUGGAGAAUGAUUGGGAUGGCAUCAACCUGGACGACCGAAGGUGUCGACAUGUUGAUGAGUUUCGAUGAUGCUAGGGAAGCUGUACUGGCCCUCUUACCUGAUAUUACUCUUUGUCAAGAUAACGUGGCCGACUUUUGUUACGACAGUGAGCUUCAGGACUUGAUGGAUGACGAAGCAUUUGGCUUGGCAUUAGACUCUCUCCCUACUAUGCCAUGUCUUCCAGUAGAGCAAUUAGAAUUGCUCCAUCACGUAUUUGGAGGUGAUAAUUCGUGGGAAGGGAUUUCGGACCGCGUCGAUGACUUAAUGAAAGUCCCAAGCCCAGUACCUGCGUUGAAUAGGUACAUAUUUACAGCAUUCCACCCAUUCCGGGCCGCAUUCGCCGAUAGAGGAGCUAUUAGUGCAAGUAUUAAUGAACGGCAAUACUUCAGAGACUAUGUGGUCGAGCUACUCCGAGGCGCCCUAAGUGUGUAUGGUAUCCCAUAUGCAUGGGGGGAGGUGUAUGUUCCUGCUGUCGCGUUUCGCAAGGGCAAUGAGUCGACUGGCACUGGGAGAGGAAAGUUUGCGGAUGGAGUUUCCGAAGUGGCUGGCCACCAAAUUUUCUUGUCGGAGAGCAGUCAACUACAUCGGGCUAACACAUCUAAGGAACAAGGAGAUAAACUGAAGCUGAAACGGAUGCUCCGUGAUCUGUUUAACUACACUGUCUUGGAGAUGACAAGGAACAAGGACAAAGUCAGCCCUAGACUGACAGUAUUUGGCUCACGGACAUUCAGAGACACUACAGAGCUCAUUGCCAUGGAUUAUGAAGGUGUGUACAGGGCAUACUGCCUAGGGUCUUUCAAGGUUGUCACCGAAGCUGGGGAUGCCAAAAAAUUGUUGGAGUGUUUUGAGAUGUGCCUAAGGUUUGCCCUGACUGUAAAGACCCAGGUUGAUGAACGGUCGGGGGCUGGGAGGUUGAGCGAUACUGAGGCACUCAAGCUAACUAAGGCAGCGAGGAGGUUGCUUAUUCCUACCACUAUUACACCAACUAAGCAGCAGCAGCAACAGCGUCUACAACAGCAACAGCAGCACCUUCAGCAAGAACACCAACAGCCUCAACAGCGCUAUCAACACCAACAGCAGUAUCAGAAGCGGCUGCAGCAACAGCAACAGCAACAGCAACAGCAACAGCAACCAUUAUUAAAGAGGCGCCGCUAGGAACCCUUUUGUCUGCGAAUGCAGUCUCAUCAACUUGAACGCUGUUUUUUCAAUGUGAUUAUCCAUGAGCUUAAGGAACUAUCCAUCAGGAUUUUUGUCUU